AUGAACGGAAUACUCUCUGAGCCGCUGCAGCUGUAUGCAGCUGGAUUCUAUGAAGCAGCAGCAGCUGGUGCAACAGGAGCGUCAGCAGCAGCGAGGGCAGGAGGGCCGGCAACUGAGCAGCAAUGGGAAUUCUUAAUGGCUGCAUGCGAGCAGCAGCUACUGCUGCUGAAGCAGCAGCCACAGCAGCUGCAGCAGAAGCAUCCACAGCAACUGCAGCAGAUGCUGCAGCACAGCAAUCCAAGCAUUAAAGCUCUUGCAGUCUUCCUCCUUCUUACCCGAUACUGUCAAUCAGGGCAGCAGCAGCAGAAGCUGCAGCAGGAGCUGCAGCAGAUAGCUAGCAGCUGCCCAACUGCUGCUUUCUUAGCUGCUGCUGCUGCAGCACAAAGCGAUCCAAUUGCUGCUCUGCGUCUAUGCAACAAUUACAGCACACCCGAUAUGCCCCCUUUCGUCCGUUUUCUGUACUAA